UCCGUAUCCAACCUCAUACAUACAGAUCGAAGCUCCGAGGAACAACAUAUCCUCUUUAACUCUUUGUGUAUUUUCUAAAAUAACCAUUCGCAUCUCUUCCAUUGUUUUUUCAAUUUUCUUUUUUUACUUUCCCAUUCGUCACUCUGAGACAGACACCAUUUUUCUCUGAUGAAGGCAACACCACCUAACCAACCUCUCUGUUUCACUUCUCAGAUUUGAACGAGUUAUUUUUUUUUUUUUCGAUUUCCCAUUCAUUUACUAUUCUCAUUCUCUUGUGUUGGACUAAUAGAGUUAGAUCAGGUUCAUUUCCAAAGGGUGGUACUUGGAAGUGCUAGUUCAAAUUUCAAAGAGCUGAAAGCCUGAAAAUCGAUUAUUGAAUUUCAAUUUUCAAUAUUUUCCAUUGUUUGGAUUGGGAUAUAUAUAUGGCCAUAGCUCGGUUAGUUCGGCAAGCAAAGCGGCCUCAUGGGUUGUGGGUGAAGAUGACAGCUGUGACCAUAUUGGGUCUCUGCUUCAUCUUCGUGUGGGGGGUGUUUUCGUCUUCUUCAACCUCUGUCACCACCCAAAGGGAGAGCUUUGAGGACAUUGCAGAACCUGCUUCCUCUUCCUCUUCUCACAAGCCUCAAAAGUUGAAGAAAGAUGAAUCUAAAAAACACCCUUCUGCUGCCACGCGUCACCACCCUGAACAACAUAAGGGAAAAGACAACAACAACGACAACAAAGAGAAGAAACACGUGCAUAAGGAGGAUAAUAAUAAGGAGAAAGGGAAUCAUCAAGGGAAUGAAGAUCCUCAACCACAACAUGACCAGGAAGAAGAGAAAGAGAAAGAGAAAGAGGAGGUGGAGGUGGAGGGUGAGGCCGAUGUGGAUGCUGGCGGCGGCGAUUUGGCUGAAUCUGUGGAUCAGGGCGACUCUGAUGAGGCGGUGGAAGAUGUGGAGGAGGUGAGAAAAGCAAGCAAGGGAAAGGGAAAGGUGAAAGGACCCUUGUUUGAUCCAAAUGCUACCUAUAGCUGGAAACUGUGUAGCACUAGAAGCAAGCAUAAUUACAUUCCCUGCAUUGAUAUUGAAGUUGGUGGUGGGAAGGUACCUAGUUACCGGCACACGGAGAGGAGUUGCCCGAGGACACCCUUCAUGUGUCUGGUUCCUCUUCCUCAUGAAGGGUAUGAGUCUCCACUACCCUGGCCUGAAAGCAAAUUGAAGAUAUUGUACAAGAAUGUUGCACACCCGAAACUAGCUGCAUACGUAAAAAGGCAUAAUUGGUUGAUGGAGUCUGGAGAGUAUCUUACUUUUCCCCAAAACCAAUCUGAGUUCAAGGGAGGGAUUCUUCACUAUCUUGAGUCCAUUGAAGAGAUGGUACCAGACAUUGAAUGGGGUAAAAAUAUUCGUGUUGUCCUGGACAUUGGAUGUACAGAUUCAAGCUUGGCAGCUGCUCUCUUUGACAAGGAGAUUUUAACAUUAUCACUAGGCUUGAAGAAUGACCUAGUGGACUUAGCUCAGGUGGCGCUUGAGCGGGGCUUCCCAGCAGUGAUUAGUCCUUUAGGUAGAAGGAGGCUUCCUUUUCCAAGUCAAAGUUUUGAUGCUAUACAUUGUGGGGGUUGCAGCAUACCUUGGCAUUCCAAUGGUGGUAAGCUUCUAUUAGAGAUGAAUCGGAUUCUACGACCUGGUGGAUACUUUAUUAUGUCAACUAAACAUGACAGCAUUGAAGAAGAAGAAGCCAUGACCACAUUAACCGCAUCUAUUUGUUGGAAUGUUCUGGCGCAUAAAAGUGAUGAUGUUGGCGAAGUUGGAGUUAAAAUAUAUCAAAAGCCUGAAGGAAAUGACAUUUACGAAUUGAGAAGGAAGAAGGUUCCACCAAUUUGCAAAGAAAAUGAAAAUCCUGAUGCAGCCUGGUAUGUUCCCAUAAAGACUUGUUUGCACACCAUUCCAAUUGGAAUUGAACUACAUGGAGCAGAGUGGCCUGAGGAAUGGCCCAAGAGGCUCGAAUCUUAUCCUGACUGGGUGAACGACAAAGAGAAAGUGGUUGCAGACACCAACCACUGGAAUGCUGUUGCUAAUAAGUCAUAUCUCAAUGGGUUGGGCAUUAACUGGACAAGUAUCCGAAAUGUAAUGGACAUGAAAUCUGUUUAUGGAGGAUUGGCUGUUGCUCUCUCUCAACAAAAGGUCUGGGUGAUGAAUGUUGUACCUGUUCAUGCACCGGAUACGCUUCCCAUCAUUUUUGAACGAGGACUAAUUGGUAUAUACCAUGAUUGGUGUGAAUCAUUUGGCACUUAUCCAAGAACAUAUGACCUUUUGCAUGCUGAUCAUUUGUUCUCACGGCUCAAAAACAGGUGCAAGCAGCCUGUGACCAUUGUUGUCGAGAUGGACCGUAUAUUACGGCCAGGAGGUUGGAUAAUUAUACGUGACAAAGUUGAAAUUCUAAAUCCGUUGGAGGAAAUAUUGAAAAGUAUGCAGUGGGAGAUUAGAAUGACUUUUGCUCAAGACAAGGAGGGUAUCUUGUGUGCACGGAAAACUAUGUGGAGGCCUUGAGUCUCUAUUAUAUGCAAUUUUCUUCUUGUAUAACAUCAACAUCAACAUCAACCACAAGUGUGUGUACGAGUUAUAUUACCAUGUUCUUCAACGUGAAAUAUGAUAUAUAUGAAGGAAUUUUUAGAGGCAUCCUUCAUCCGACAAA